AUGGAGCCAGGCUCCACUGGCAGCCUCAAGGGUACAAUUAAAACCUCCCGUUUAGGUCUCAGCUCGUUUGGCCACGCUCGGCCAUGGCACCGGAUCCCCGAGGAGCCUCCCGAGGGCUCGGCCAUGGCACCGGAUCCCGGGGAGCCUCCCGAGGGCUCGGCCAUGGCACAGGAUCCCCGAGGAGCCUCCCGAGGGCCCGGCCAUGGCACCGGAUCCCCGGGGAGCCUCCAGAUGGACCCCAGGGCCUCCCGAGGGGGUCGGCCAUGGACGGAUCCCCGGGAGCCUCCCCAGGGCUCGGCCCCUGGGGACCGGGGUCCCCGAGGGGCCCCCCAGGGGUGGCCAUGGCACCGGAUCCCCGAGGGGCCUCCGAGGGGUCGGCCUGGCACCGGGUCCCCCCGGGGGGCCUCCCGAGGGUCGGCCAUGGGACAGGCCCCGGGGGAGCCUCCCGGGGGCUCGGCCCUGGCACAGGUCCCCAGGACCUCCCGGGGCUCGGCCCUGGCCCCGGGUCCCCGAGGGGCCUCCAGAUGGCCCCCCCAUGGCACGGGUCCCCAGGAGCCUCCCGAGGGGUCGGCCCCUGGGACCGGACCCCCAGAGCCCCCCGAGGCCGGCCUGGGACAGGACCCCCAGGGGGCCUCCGAGGGUCGGCCAGGACCGGACCCGAGGAGUCCAGAUGGCCCGGCCAUGGCAAACCGGAUCCCCGAGGAGCCUCCCGAGGGUCGGGCCCUGGCAAAAGAUCCCCGAGGAGCCCCCAGGGGGCCCGGGCCUGGCACAGGAUCCCCCAGGACCUCCCCAGGCUCGGCCAUGGGCCCCACCCCUGGGGGGCCCCCGAGGGCUCGGCCAUGGGACCGGAUCCCCCGGGGACCCCCCGAGGGCUCGGGGCCCUGGCCCCGGUCCCCGGGGACCUCCCCAGGGCCGGCCAUGGCAAGACCCCGGGGAGCCUCCCGAGGGCUCGGCCAUGGCACAGGAUCCCCGAGGAGCCUCCCGAGGGCUCGGCAGGGCACCCGGAUCCCCGGGGAGCCCUCCCAGGGGGUCGGCCAUGGGAAGGAUCCCCGAGGACCUCCCGAGGGCUCGGCCAUGGGCCCCGGUCCCGAGGAGCCUCCGAUGGCCCGGCCAUGGACCGGAUCCCCGGGACCUCCGAGGCUCGGCCAUGGCACAGAUCCCCGGGGGGCCCCCCAGGGCCGGCCAUGGACAGGUCCCCGGGACCCCCGAGGGGUCGGCCCCGGCACCGGGUCCCCGAGGGCCUCCCCCAGGGGGCCGGCCCUGGGACCGGAUCCCCGAGGGGUCUCCCCAGGGGUCGGCCAUGGCACCGGUCCCGGGGAGCCUCCCGGGGCUCGGCCAUGGCCCAUCCCCCGGGGGGCCUCCAGAUGGCCCCGGGGGCCCGAAACCCCGGGGAGCCUCCCGAGGGCUCGGCCAUGGCACCGGAUCCCCGGGGAGCCUCCAGAUGGCCCGGCCAUGGCACCGGAUCCCCGGGGAGCCUCCCGAGGGCUCGGCCAUGGCACCGGAUCCCCGGGGAGCCUCCAGAUGGCCCGGCCAUGGCACCGGAUCCCCGGGGAGCCUCCAGGCCCAGCCAUGGAAAACCCGGUCCCCGGGGAGCCCUGGGGCUCGGCCUGGCCCAGUCCCCGGGAGCCUCCCGAGGGCCCGGCCAUGGACCGGGGUCCGAGGGGCCUCCCGGGGCUCGGCCAUGGACCCGGGUCCCCCGGGGAGCCCCAAGGCCCGGCCAGGCACCCGGGUCCCCGGGGACCUCCAAUGGGGCCCGGGCCCUGGCACCGGAUCCCCGGGGAGCCUCCAGAUGGCCCGGCCCUGGGACCGGAUCCCCGGGGAGCCUCCAGAGGGCCCAGCCCUGGCACCGGAUCCCCGGACCUCCCGGGGUCGGCCCUGGGACCGGAUCCCCGGGGGGCCUCCGAUGGCCCGCCAUGGCACCGGUCCCCGGGGGGGCCUCCCGAGGGCUCGGCCCGGCACCGGUCCCCGGGGGGCCUCAGUGGCCCAGCCAUGGACCGGAUCCCCGGGGACCUCCCGGGGGUCGGGCCCUGGGACCCGGGUCCCCGGGGAGCCUCCAGAGGGGCCCCCAUGGCACCGGACCCCGGGGGGCCUCCCGAGGGGGUCGGGCCCUGGCAACCCUCCCGGGGAGCCUCCAGAUGGCCCGGCCAUGGCACCGGAUCCCCGGGGAGCCUCCCGAGGGCUCGGCCAUGGCACCGGAUCCCCGGGGAGCCUCCAGAUGGCCCGGCCAUGGCACCGGAUCCCGGGGAGCCUCCCGAGGGCUCGGCCAUGGCACCGGAUCCCCGGGACCCCCAAUGGCCCGGCCAUGGCACCGGGUCCCCGGGGACCUCCCGAGGUCGGCCAUGGGACCGGAUCCCCGGGGGGCCUCCCCCGGGGCCCCGGCCCUGGCACCGGAUCCCCGGGGAGCCUCCCGAUGGCCCGGCCAGCACCGGGAUCCCCAGGGAGCCUCCAGAUGGCCCCCGGCCAUGGCACCCGGGUCCCCAGACCCCCCGAGGGGUCGGCCAUGGCCAAAAAACCGGAUCCCCGGGGCCCUUUCCCAGGGCUCGGCCAUGGGGACCGGGGUCCCGAGGAGCCCCCAGAUGCCCCGGGCCUGGACAGGGCCCCCCAGGGGCCUCCCGGGGCUCCCCAUGGGACCGAUCCCCGGGGGCUCCCCCAGGGCCGGCCAUGGCACCGGAUCCCCGGGGAGCCUCCAGAUGGCCCGGCCAUGGCACCGAUCCCCAGGAGCUCCGAGGCUCGCCAUCCCAUCCCCGGGAGCCCAAGGCCGGCCAUGUCCGGUCCGGGGCCUCGUGGCCCCUCAUCCUCCGGCCUCCGCUCCCGACAUCCGUGUUUUGGGACAUUUCACUAAAGUUGGAAGAGUCAGACUGCUCCAUAUAA